AUGAAAUACAAUGAGAUCUCUCAUAUUAGCCACCCCGAACACCUGCUCCAAUACGACUAUACCCAAGUCCCAUUCAAGUGUGAUGGAUGCAAUGAACCUGGAAUAGGAUCCAACUACAAGUGCACCACAUGCAACCAUGACUUACAUGUCCAUUGUGCCCUUCCAUCACCUUCAAUCUCCCAUCCUUUCUACAGAAAAUGUACCUUUGAAUUCCUCACCACGCCACCAGGAUCAUUACCCCGCUACUGCAACGCAUGUCAAAAAGACAUUACUGGGUAUGUGUACCACUGCAAGGAUUGUGGUUUCGACCUACACCCAUGUUGUGCAAAGCUCCCGACCAUGUUGAAUGAUGGUGAGAUUAAGCUGUACUUGUGCCGCAAAGUGAGGUCAGCCUGCCACAAAUGUGGUAAGAAAGGACGCAGUUGGAGUUAUAGGUCAACAUGCAAAAAGUAUAACUUACAUGUGGCAUGUGCAAAGGAGAUGUUGGUGGAGAGUUGGCACGAUAUAUAUUAUGGAGUCGUGUAUGGGGAGAACAACAAUUAUAACGGUGACAUGUAUGGAAGAAGUUGGAAUUUAGAGACUAAAAUUCCCAGCUUAAAAGGGACACUACAAAGUUAUCAUAAAAAAAGUAGAAAGAAAAUGAAGAAAUGCUGUCAAAUAGCUGGUUUAGCAGUGCAGUUUGUGAUAUCAGCAGUUCUUGGUGAUCCCACUACCCUAAUUGUUGGUGUUGUUGCUGCUUUAAUGUCAAAAUAG